CUCAAGGCAGAUGGUUUGCUUAACAGAAAUAAGCUAGUAAAAGUACAUAUUAGAAGUCAAUAUUUUCCAUUGUGUCUUUAUCUUUAUCAUAGCUUUAAAAACAUAAAAUAGAGGAAAAUGGCACAUUCUUUAAGCAAGUUACUGAAAAAUCCAAGUUCUUUAGUUGGUAUCGCAGGAUUAAGUGCUGCUGUAUGGAUCAUAACUUAUGGAAAAAUUUCUCGCAAUAGAAAGAGGCUGCUAUACGAAGACAAAAUUCAAUAUACCAUUAAAGAAAAGGAAAAACGCUUACAAAAAGCACAAGUUAAUGCAGAAUUUUUUAGACAACUAAAAUCUUUGCUUAAGAUAUUAGUCCCAAGAGUAUGGUCAAAAGAAACAGCACUUCUGUUACUCAUUGCUGGUACUUUGAUAGCUAGAUCUGUAAGCGAUAUAUGGCUAAUACAAAUUGCAACUUUAAUAGAAAGCACGAUCAUAACUAUGGAUAGAGAGGAGUUUAAACAUGGUCUGUUUAAAUAUAUGGCAGCACUUCCAAUGAUUUCAGUAGUAACAAAUAUAUUAAAGUGGAGUUUAGGAGAAUUGAAGAUAAGAUUCAGAACAAAUUUAACAAAUCAUUUUUAUCAACAGUAUUUAAAAGGAUUUACAUAUUAUAAAAUGAGUAAUUUGGAUAAUAGAAUAGCUAACGUGGAUCAGUUGUUAACAACAGAUAUUGACAAAUUCUGUGAAAGUGUUACUGAAUUGUAUUCAAAUAUAAGCAAACCUAUUUUAGAUAUAUUUAUUUAUGUAUAUCGAUUGACUAUGAAUCUAGGAGGCAAGACUCCAUCUAUAUUAAUGGCUUAUCUCUUGUUUGCUGGUGUUCUUCUAACUAGGCUACGUAGACCUACAGGGAAAUUGACUAUUGAAGAACAAAAACUUGAAGGAGAAUUCCGUUACAUAAAUUCCAGAUUAAUAACAAAUUCUGAAGAAAUCGCUUUUUAUAGUGGAAAUAGUAGAGAAAGAUUAACUGUUUUAACAAGUUAUUCAAAACUACAAAGGCACCUAAGAAAAUUUUUAGAGUUUCGUGUAGGAAUGGGAAUAUUAGACAACAUAAUAGGGAAAUAUGCCGCAACAGUCGUAGGAUUUUAUGCUGUUUCUUUACCUUUUUUUACCAAAGACCAUCCUCUUUUGGCAGAUGAAAAAGGAGAGAGAUUAAAGGCAUAUUACACUUUUGGCAGGAUGUUAAUAAAGCUAGCAGAAGCAAUUGGAAGAUUAGUAUUAGCCGGCCGAGAAAUGUCUAGAUUAGCAGGAUUCACUGCUCGAAUGACAGAACUUGCAAGUGUUUUAAAUGAUUUGAACUCCGGUAGUUACCAAAGAACAAUGUUAGGAAAUGUUAAUGAUCAAACAUGCUUAGGGCCGAAUAAAGGAUUCAUAUCAUUUCAAGACAAUAUUAUAAAAUUUGACAAAGUACCUUUGGUAACGCCUAAUGGUGAUGUUUUAGUUAAGGAGCUUUCGUUUGAAGUUAGGUCUGGAAUGAAUGUUUUAGUGUGUGGUCCAAAUGGCUGUGGAAAAUCAAGUUUAUUUAGAAUUUUAGGAGAACUCUGGCCAAGUUGGGGUGGAAAAAUGAUAAAACCUCCAAAAGGAAAAUUAUUUUAUAUUCCGCAAAGGCCAUAUAUGACAUUAGGAACCUUAAGAGAUCAAAUUAUUUAUCCCCAUUCGCAUGAAGAGAUGAUUCGUCGUGGUAAAACUGAUAAAGAUUUGCUGUUGUAUUUGGAAAUCGUUCAGCUUACUUAUGUACAAUCACGAGAAAAUGGACUGAACGCGAUAGAGGAUUGGAUUGACGUUUUAUCUGGAGGAGAAAAGCAAAGAAUAGCUAUGGCCAGACUUUUUUAUCAUAAUCCUCAAUUUGCCAUAUUGGAUGAGUGUACUAGUGCAGUAUCAGUCGAUGUAGAAGGUUCUAUGUAUCAGUAUUGUAAAGAAACUGGUAUAUCACUGUUCACAGUAUCUCAUCGGAAAUCAUUAUGGAAACACCACGAAUAUUAUCUACAAUUCGAUGGAAGGGGAAGUUACAAAUUUGAUAAAAUUGAUGGAACCAUAGAGGAAUUCGGUUCUUAAUUAAUUUUUCUAGAAUUUUUAAGGGAAAAUAAUUUAAUUUUAAUAUUGCUAUUUUUGGUUAUUACAUGGGGCGUUGGGGAAUAAAUUUUCUUUAUGUAUUCUAUAAUUUUCUAAAACAAAAUUAAGGAAACCAAGUAUCUAAUGUAUGUUAAUUUGUAUGUUAUAUUUUCUAAAACAUGUUAUUUGUUGAAGCUUUAUAAAUCUAAUUUUAAUGUUUAAUAUAUUUUUUGAUUAAAAAUUUUAUUUAACAAUUUAUGUAA